GUGGCGCUGAUGUUUAGGCCAAGGUAUGUAUAGUUUUUUGUGUGCUCUAUCAACCUGCUCCCGAGAGGCACACUCUUUGUCCUCCCAGCAAUAAAUACUUCAUUGAGCAUGUGGCAGCACGGAUCUCACAAUGCCCCUCCCAGCCCUCCCAUUGGCUCAAGGCUGUGAGAAACUCCAACAAGCCCAAGACCUACACAUUCAUGUGGAGAUUUAGGAGUAUAAAUAGGAGGGAGAACCAGAGGGAAGACAGCACAUAUCCAAUUGGCUCUUUACUGAGACUUCAGCUCAACAGAACUACGACUGCCACAGCCAUGGCACCAACAAUGACUAGACAGAUUACCUACUCUGAGCAGAACCUCUCACUUACUAAGGUAAAGAAGCCAGCUGUGGAGAAGAUGCGCAGAGAUCGCAUCAACACCAGCAUCGAGCAGCUCAAGUCCCUCCUGGCUCCCGAGUUCCUCCUGCAGCAGCCUGACUCCAAGCAGGAGAAGGCUGAUAUCUUGGAGAUGACCGUCUAUUUCCUGAGCCGACAGCAGCAGGCAGGGAGUUCCUCCACCGUGGUAGCCAAUGGUAGCUACUCUCACUGUGUGCAGGAGGCUGUCAGCUUCCUGUCGCAGUGUGAGGUGAAGACACAGUCCCACAGCAGGCUGCUGACCCACUUCCACAGCCUGCAGACAUCCAGCCAACACAGCCAGGCUCCCAGGUCCCUCUCCCCGCUGGGCUCCCCAAUAGACCAGGCCACCACCAAGGGUGUGAUGAGACCCAUCUCCCAUCCGCUCUGGAGGCCCUGGUAGAGCAACGCUUCAGACCUUUUCAUGUCAGACAAACGGAAUUAGACAGGCCAGUGUAUGUUUUGACAAGCAUGGACAGUGGUGUUCGGAGUGACAGAGGUCUACUUCUUCUGCAUUUGGCAAGAGAUGCUAUGUCAUUAGUCUUCAUCCAGAUGAAGAAAGGGCAUGUUUCGCCAGUAUUCCUUUGAAAGGAAGGAUUCUAUGAAAUGAUUCAGAUUGGUCUGGAUACAUACUAUGUAUUUGAAAAUGUACACUGAUUUAAUAACAGUGUUUCUCUUAUUUGAUGUUCUCAUUUGAGAACCUUAACUCUGACAGUACAGAGUUAAAUUAUUGUAAUAACAUACUUGCAUUGUAUUUCUAACCCAUGUUGAGUUGCUACUCUUUGGGUCUGUGACCACCUGUUUGUUAGAAUUUGUCAAACUCUUUGUCAUUGAAUGAUAAAAUGUAUCAAUUUGAUGUAGCUACAUUAUCACACAAAUGGAUCCAAUGGAUCUACACUGAAUGUAAAUCAUGUUAUGAUUGUGUAAAAUCAAUGUCAUUGAUAAUACAGUAUUCAUUGUUCAAAGAAUAUGUUAAAAAGUUCAUUGUAACUUCGAAGAUACACCUUUCCUAAAGAGAUUUUGUGUAUUCCACAAAAGGUUUUGUAAAGAAAAAAGCUUUUCUGUGAAAAGUUUGUUUGCCUUUAUUGGUUUAAAUGACAUUCCAUUUGGAGUGACAUGCCAUCAAGUGUUCGAAAAUAAAUUAAAAACUUGUACGUUUCUUAAAAUUGCAUUUUUGGUUUUAUCUUCUCUGUCGUACGGAGUCAUAUAUCUACACAAAGUUCUCCACCCACAUCCAUUCUGAUUACAACAGUAGUAUGGCUAACUUUGUCAUCCACAAAGUUAAAAAGAAGACCACUCUAGUUAAUAUAUAAAACAUAUUGGUUGAUUGACUAUAUUCACAAACCUAAAUUUAGAUUGUGAGGAGCACCUAUCCUAAAGGUAUAGAGAUGUCAGUUCAAUAUUGGUUCCUGAUUGAUAAACCAAAACCUUGAAACCUAUUGUUGAUUUGUGGUUGGACAAAACCUAUGUA